AUGAGCUUCACCCGGAAAAAGGGCUUCUACAAGCAGGACGUCAACAAGACCGCCUGGGAGCUGCCCAAGACCUACGUGUCCCUGACGCACAUAGGCAGCGGGGCCUAUGGCUCCGUGUGCUCAGCCAUUGACAAGCGGUCAGGGGAAAAGGUGGCCAUCAAGAAGCUGAGCCGGCCCUUCCAGUCCGAGAUCUUUGCCAAGCGGGCUUAUCGGGAGCUGCUGCUGCUGAAACACAUGCAGCAUGAGAACGUCAUUGGGCUCCUGGAUGUCUUCACCCCAGCCUCCUCCCUGCGCAACUUCCAUGACUUCUACCUGGUGAUGCCCUUCAUGCAGACAGACCUGCAGAAGAUCAUGGGGAUGGAGUUCAGUGAGGACAAGAUCCAGUACCUGGUGUACCAGAUGCUCAAGGGUCUUAAGUACAUCCACUCAGCUGGGGUCGUCCACAGGGACCUGAAGCCGGGCAACCUCGCUGUGAACGAGGACUGCGAGCUGAAGAUCUUGGAUUUUGGGUUGGCACGGCAUACGGAUGUGGAGAUGACGGGUUACGUGGUAACCCGCUGGUACCGGGCCCCUGAGGUGAUUCUCAGCUGGAUGCGUUACAACCAGACCGUGGACAUCUGGUCUGUGGGCUGUAUCAUGGCAGAGAUGCUGACAGGGAAGACGCUGUUCAAGGGGAAAGACUACCUGGACCAGCUGACCCAGAUCCUGAAAGUGACUGGGGUGCCGGGCGCCGAGUUUGUACAGAAGCUGAAUGACAAGGCGGCCAAAUCCUACAUCCAGUCCCUGCCACAAAGCCCCAGAAAGGAUUUCUCUCAACUCUUCCCACGUGCCAGCCCCCAGGCCACAGACCUGCUGGAGAAGAUGCUGGAGCUGGACGUGGACAAGCGCCUGACGGCCUCGCAGGCCCUCGCCCACCCCUUCUUUGAGCCCUUCCGGGACCCUGAGGAGGAGACAGAGGCCCAGCAGCCGCUCGAAGAUUCCUUAGAACGCGAGAGACUCACAGUGGAUGAAUGGAAGCAGCACAUCUACAAGGAGAUUGUGAACUUCAGCCCCAUUGCCCGGAAGGACUCUCGGCGCCGGAGUGGCAUGAAGUUGCAGUGA